GGGGACGGCAUCCAGCCGGCCAGGAAGAACCAGCACGUGUCCAAUGUGUCAGUGCAGCUGGAGAUGCGGAGCCUGUGGGAGGAAUUCAACAGCCUGGGCACCGAGAUGAUUGUCACCAAAGCGGGGAGGAGGAUGUUCCCCACUUUCCAGGUGAAGCUUUCGGGGCUGGACCCACUGGCCGACUACGUGCUGCUCAUGGACUUCGUGCCCCUGGAUGACAAGCGAUAUAGAUACGCCUUCCACAGCUCCUCGUGGCUGGUGGCUGGCAGAGCGGAUCCGGCUGCGCCUGGCCGCGUCCACUUCCACCCCGACUCGCCCGCCAAGGGGGGCCAGUGGAUGAGACAGAUCGUCUCCUUCGACAAGCUCAAACUCACCAACAACCUGCUGGACGACAAUGGCCACAUCAUCCUGAACUCCAUGCACCGGUACCAGCCCCGCUUCCACGUGGUGUACGUGGACCCACGCCGGGACAGCGAGCGCUUCGCCCACGAGAACUUCAAAUCCUUCACCUUCGUGGAGACCCAGUUCAUGGCGGUGACGGCCUACCAGAACCACCGGAUCACACAGCUGAAAAUCGCCAGUAACCCCUUUGCCAAGGGGUUCCGGGACUGCGAGCCAGACGACUGGCCUGGGGCACCAGGACCCCUACUGGGAACCUUGGCCGGCACUCGGGGGACGGGCCCCUCCUCCCAGCUGAAGGACAUGCAGGAGAAAGGGCUGCCGGGCCGGCGCCGUGUCAAGGGACAGCUCCCCGCCACCCUCCGGCGAGAGGCCGUCCAGCUCCACAACCCCCCACUCGUGCCACUCGCGGGGGCCCGCGGUUUCCAGGACAGCUCGGCUCCACGGCACCCUCUCCCCACAGAGCUGGGCCCCCCCCUGUACAAGCCCCUCUCCUACCACAGCGUGUACGUCAGGGCCAAGCCACGGGGGGCACCUUACCCACUGCCCGCCAGCCUCCACCCCUUCAACAUCUACGGCGCCAGCCCCCCUGCCCUCAACUACGGGCAGCAGUGA